AUGGCGGCAGAAAUCUUAAAUAUUCAAAGACAAAUCAUUUUUGAUGAGUCGAUUGCACACUAUGAAGCACAUGCUCAUCUCCCGUAUGCUUCAUCAACAUUCAACAACAGCGAUGAAAUAAGAAUUGCUGUUCAACAUCAAGAUGUAUGUCUACUUCCAAGUAAAAGUACACUGCAUGUGUACGGAAAACUCACAAAGUCUGAUGGUACAGCUGUAAGUGCAACUACUCACAUAAUAAAUAUGACAGUAUGUCAUAUGUUUGAAGAAAUACGCUACGAGCUCAAUGGUGUUGAGAUUGAUCGUAAUAAAAAUGUCGGCAUCACAAGUCUCAUGAAAGGAUAUACAUCACUGAGUCCAGCUCAACAAAAUACACUAGAAAAUUCAGAUUACCAUAAAGUUGUCAUCAAUGCAAAGCAUGAAUUAACAUUAAUAAGAUCAAAUGCUGAUUUAAAUGCAUACAUCGUAGCUACACCUGCUGCUGGAGCUCAUGCUGAAGCUGUUAAAAUUACGCUGCAAAAAAUCGAGUGGAUUGUGCCAUACGUGACUAUGGCUGAUAAACAAAAGAUUGAAGCUUUGAAUUAUAUGACAAGUGAUCCGGCUAUCUCAAUCAGUUUCCGUGCUUGGGAGCUGUACGAGUAUCCUCUAUUGCCAAAUACUUCGAAGCAUAUUUGGGCAGUUAAAACUUCUACGCAGCUCGAGAAACCACGUUUUGUGAUACUUGGAUUUCAAACAGCAAGAAAAAAUGACGCAACUAAAAAUGCCAGCGUAUUUGAUCACUGCGACAUCAGAAAUAUAAAAUUAUUUUUAAAUUCUCAGAGUUAUCCUUAUAAGAAUUUGAAUCUCAACAUUGCAAACAAUCAAUAUGCUCUGUUGUAUGACAUGUAUAUAAAUUUCCAAAUUUCAUACUACAACAAAGAACCUGAACCACUGCUGACGAAGAAAAAAUUUUUGGAACAAGCACCAUUGUAUGUUAUCGAUUGCUCAAAAAAAAAAAACGAGUCACUUAAAUCUGGACCAGUGGACAUUCGUCUGGAAUUUGAAUCUACAAAUCAAUUUCCUGCGCAGACAUCAGCUUAUUGUCUCAUUAUACAUGAUCGCAUAGUCGAGUAUAAUCCUAUAAGCAGCAUCGUACGAAAACUAAUAUGA